AUGUCGUCUAGUCGUUCUCGAGGGUCACUGGGUACAUCUCAGUAUAGUGAACGAAGAGAGUUCGAUAGUUUAUUUAGAGAUUUCAAUGAAAUGUCGCAAUUUGCCGUACGAGGGAUUACUUUCGCAACAGAAGCGGCAACUGAUCUUGAAGAGGCUGAAGAACAAGAAGAGCUCAAUCAAUUAGAUGUUAUUGUGAGGGAUUAUAUUGAUCUAGAUAAUCGAAUAAAUUUUCAAAGAACCGCACUUAACACUCUUAAAAUUAAGGAUCUUGUGGAGGAUUAUGAGUCACAAUUGGAUGAUGCUUUAAAAAAGUACGAAUCCAAAUCCGAGAAUGAAAAAUAUUUUCAAAAUGAAAAUUAUAUCGAAUUUCGACAAAAAAUUUGGGAUGUUAACCAUCCUGAUGAAACCAUGCCUCCACUAGAUAAAGAAGCCGAUGAUGAAAUUGUAAUGGGAAAACAAAAAGAAUCUUUAUAUUGUCCGAUUACAACGUUAUUGUUGGAAGAACCAGUUACAAGUAAUGUGUGUAAACAUACAUUUUCAAAAGAUGCCAUCAUGCAGUUAAUAAGGCGUAAUAUGAAUUCUGUCCCAUGCCCAAUGACCGGUUGCGACAAGUACAUUAUGGAACAUAAUCUGCAUCCAAACAAACGAAUAGAACGAAAAGUACAGCAAUAUAAGGCGCAAUCUGAGGAUCCUAUGGAUGAUGUUGAGCUUGUUAUGUCAACUGCUUGUUUAGAGUUAGCAGUAUCUGUAUCUUUUAUAGCUGUAUCUUUCAUUGUGAUAUUGUUGUUUUUGUCGUAUGAUUUUUGCAACAUAAGUUGUUCAAAAAUUCCUUCACUGGUGGAUUUCCAACAUAAUGUUAAUUAUCUGAAAACCACAAUUAUUG